UAAAAAGUAAUAAAUAUUUCAUUAGUAUUGCCAUUCGUGUAAUUAAUUAUUUCAAAGUCACAGAUAAGAUUUUUUGGUAAUAUACAUAGGUAUACAUGUGUGUACAAAAAAAUUGGAUGAUACACGUAAUCAUUUUACCAAAUGAUUAUCCUAAUUUUAUUUCUAUCAUUAUUCAAUUAAAUUAUCCUUGCAUGAAUUGGUUCAGAUUGGUUAAGUAAUAAAUGGUAACGAUUACAUCGGUGUUACGACAGCGUUAACAAGUCAACAUAACAACUGUAAUAUAACGUGAACGUUUACGAACACACGAAUAAUCUUUUAACACUUGUAAAUAGGAUGAGUACAAUUUUUGAAUGAAUUUAUUUAAUAUAUAUAAAGUAUAAAUGUAUAUGUAUCUAAUGUAUUUUUUUUGUUUUUCGUUAAUCGUCAAGGGCAACCGGAUAAUAAAAUGAAUAUUCAUUUGUUUUUUAUGGUAAAGAUCGCGGAAUCGUAUGUAAAUCGGUUAUCAGCUCCUUUCGUAGUACAAUUUAUCAGUUUUCAUUGAUUUUUUUUUGCCUUUCACUGGUUGUUUCCUUCUUCACCAGAUCUACAGGAAACUUAUUUUAUUUCGGACAAAAAGAAAGGAAGGAAGAAAAAAAGGAAGAAAGAAUUUUAAAAGCGGAAACUUGAACGAGGUUACACGUAAAAUUAUAACAUAAAUUUGAAUAUAUAUAAAUAAGAUAAGAUAAUAAAAAGAAAGUACAAUAUAGAUAAUUAAUUUGUAACACGUUUCUACGUGAUAUGGUAUAGGUAAAUUUUGAGUCAAGGAAAACCGCUUAAAAGCAGCCGUGGAUCGUAUUAACGGGAAGAAAAAACCGGUGGUAACCAAACCCCGAAAUGUUCGCAAUAAAAAAUCAACGAAAGGAAUAACGACCGGUGAUACAAAGGUUUAUCCAUCUUUUAAUAAUUUUUUGAUACCAUUUUUAGUCCCCCAUUUUAGUUCGUUUCUUCAACAUGCGAUUCUCGUUGAAAUAUAACAAUAAAUAAUGAUAUAAUUUAGAUUUUUUUCUUAUUGAUACGUAAUUUAGUUUCUCAUGUAAUAUCACAGGUCAAAGUCAUGGUAAAUUCUUGCAAAGAUAUGCAAAAAGCAUGCGUUUCAACAACAACGGGGGGAACAACACAGUCAGGAAUUUUACCUGCAUGUUCUAUGACAACUAUUCAAAAUCAAAGUAUACCAAUAACGCCAAUGAGACCACGAUCACUUUACACUGCACACAGUUAUCACGCUCAAACCGAGGACACUAACUUUCAACGAUACAGCGAAUUGUCUAAGUACUUUGAAACACCACCACCAGCUGAUCAAUGGAACGGUAUAACAACUAGUGCAACUAAUUAUUCAACAAGUUCACCUGCCAUUUGGAGAAAAUCAAGAACACCUAAAACUAUUCAAACACAAUUUUAUCCUACCGAUGAAGCAUGCGUUUAUUCGGAUAAUUGGAGAGAACAACAUGAAACUGAUGUGGGUGGUACUGCCAGAGGUGCACUUACCACACCACACGGUACAAUUUCUUUGAGACUACGAAAUAGAAUUCGUGUUGAUAUGACUGUCGAUCGUGCUGUGAGAGUUAUCAACUUUAAGAAUAAUAUCGUGCUUUCAUUAAGCUCAUCCGGAUCAGCUUCAGCUUUGUUGCAUCCAAAUGGAAGAAUAUAUCAAUAUGGGUCGCGUGUUGAAAUUCUAGCUCAUGAUACUCACGGGAAUAACAAAUACGCAAAGAUGUGGUACAAGGGUGUCAGUUUUACGUGCGAACAAUGUGCACUUGUAUAUUUAGUGGACACUGCUGGAACCAGAACUACCACAGAUUCGUUUUUGGAUAUGAGUCAAGAUUUUUCCUUAAGCGUUUUUUAUUCUGGUUCGCGACAUGGUUCGACGUGUUUGCAAGAAGCUGCCACAAUUCUUGGAGCUUCACAAUAUUGGAUUACCGAUGAAGGUAUUGAAAAUUGGAUCAUCAACAAUGUUAGGAUUUCUCAGACUCCUGAUGGUCUUGUCAGAAUUGGAAGAAAUAGCAACAAGUAUCAGUUGAGAACGUCACCCAGCAAUGGUACUGCAUCCCUGACAACACCGUUUUUACAUUGCACAGCGUCAUUGGGUCAAACAUCUCAUUUAUUCGUACGUCGAGGUGAACGGCGUAUGCAUUACGAUGGAACAAGUUUUAUCGUACGCAAUGCAGGACACAGUGCUGGAUUUGACGAUAACGACCAAUUAAAAGUCUAUUAAGAAAUUUCUAAAUAUUUCUAAGCUAUUUGUCAUCACUAUGAUAUUCUAUUUAUUAAUGAAAAAUAUAU